AUUACCGUUUAGGAAAGUUUCAUAAAUUCUCAAGUCAGUUUGAUUAUGCAUUGUGUGAAUUAUAUAUUUUGUUUAUUGCUCAAUAUUACACUAUUUCGGUGAUACGCAUUGGUUAAAAAUUCUAUUUGGUGCAAUAUAAAUUAUAAAAAAUGGCACAAAAUUAUCGAGGCGAUAUUCCAAAUUCUUCUAAGAGUAGUAUUAUUGCUGCUGGAUUGGGACUUGCGGUUGUUGGAUUCACUGGUCGUUAUAUUUUAAGACGAAUGCCAACAUUGUCACAAAAAAUGGCUGAUGCUAUGAAUGCUUUACCCAAAUUAGAUUCACAGACAUUGGCAAACAGUAAAUACUAUAAAGGUGGCUUUGAGCCAAAAAUGAAUAGAAAAGAAGCGAGUUUAAUAUUAGGAGUCUCACCAACAGCAUCAAAAGCAAAAAUUAAAGAUCAAUUUAAAAAAGUAAUGAUAGCAAAUCAUCCUGAUCGAGGUGGUUCACCAUAUAUUGCUGCAAAAAUUAAUGAAGCUAAAGAUCUUCUAGAAAAAUGAAUUUAACGUUCCCUAUACGUUUUUUUUUUUGCUCCCCGAUGGCCGAGAAUUGUACAGUUAAUCAUAAAUAGGUAAUUUUUCUUUUUUCCUACAAAAUUUCUAUUGUGACAAACGUUAAAAAAAAAAUCCUUGCAAAUUUUUCAGUUGUAAAUAAUCUAUAAAAUUAUGAUUUUAAGUGAAA